AUGCUCAUUAUCAGGAGGGGGUGGGUGAGGGACGUGGAACCAGACGACGAAACCCGGGCGGAAGGGAACAAAGUCCAGAGGGUGAAGCCCCAGGAUGUUGAUGUCAUCUCCUGGGGGAGAGUUAAAGCCAAGGUUUUGCUGGAUACAGUCAAGUCCCAUGGCGGCGUCGUCACACCAAUCAGCCCAACAGGCCAUGCUCGCCUGUGGACUUACCACACACAUCUACUAACCAGAUAUCUGGAGUCGGCGCAGAAAUUCUCCUGGGAUCAGAUAGAAUCACUGCUUGCUUGUCCAGAGCAGAGUAAAAGGUCAGAAAAGGACUGCCAGCAUCUGAUCAAGGGUCACAGAUAUCAAAUUCCCGCAUUCCAGACAAGAGGACUGCAGGGGGAAGCUCAGGCGAGCCACGCCGAAGCACAGGAAAGACGUUGA